AUGAGAAAUAUGGGUUUGGGUUUGGGUUUGGGUUUGGGUUUGGGUUUGGGUUUGGGUUUGGGUUUGGGUUUGGGUUUGGGUUUGGGUUUGGGUUUGGGUUUGGGUUUGGGUUUGGGUUUGGGUUUGGGUUUGGGUUUGGGUUUGGGUUUGGGUUUGGGUUUGGGUUUGGGUUUGGGUUUGGGUUUGGGUUUGGGUUUGGGUUUGGGUUUGGGUUUGGGUUUGGGUUUGGGUUUGGGUUUGGGUUUGGGUUUGGGUUUGGGUUUGGGUUUGGGUUUGGGUUUGGGUUUGGGUUUGGGUUUGGGUUUGGGUUUGGGUUUGGGUUUGGGUUUGGGUUUGGGUUUGGGUUUGGGUUUGGGUUUGGGUUUGGGUUUGGGUUUGGGUUUGGGUUUGGGUUUGGGUUUGGGUUUGGGUUUGGGUUUGGGUUUGGGUUUGGGUUUGGGUUUGGGUUUGGGUUUGGGUUUGGGUUUGGGUUUGGGUUUGGGUUUGGGUUUGGGUUUGGGUUUGGGUUUGGGUUUGGGUUUGGGUUUGGGUUUGGGUUUGGGUUUGGGUUUGGGUUUGGGUUUGGGUUUGGGUUUGGGUUUGGGUUUGGGUUUGGGUUUGGGUUUGGGUUUGGGUUUGGGUUUGGGUUUGGGUUUGGGUUUGGGUUUGGGUUUGGGUUUGGGUUUGGGUUUGGGUUUGGGUUUGGGUUUGGGUUUGGGUUUGGGUUUGGGUUUGGGUUUGGGUUUGGGUUUGGGUUUGGGUUUGGGUUUGGGUUUGGGUUUGGGUUUGGGUUUGGGUUUGGGUUUGGGUUUGGGUUUGGGUUUGGGUUUGGGUUUGGGUUUGGGUUUGGGUUUGGGUUUGGGUUUGGGUUUGGGUUUGGGUUUGGGUUUGGGUUUGGGUUUGGGUUUGGGUUUGGGUUUGGGUUUGGGUUUGGGUUUGGGUUUGGGUUUGGGUUUGGGUUUGGGUUUUGGGUUUGGGUUUGGGUUUGGGUUUGGGUUUGGGUUUGGGUUUGGGUUUGGGUUUGGGUUUGGGUUUGGGUUUGGGUUUGGGUUUGGGUUUGGGUUUGGGUUUUUGGGUUUU